AUGUCCAUGGAGCAGAUGCAGCAGCAGCAGAUGAAGCAGCAGGAGCAGGAGCAGAUGCGCCAGUCCAUGAUGCAGCAGGUCAUGCUGCCCGACGCUCGCGAGCGCUUGGCUAGAAUAGCGAUCGUGAAGCCCGAGAAGGCUCGCGCCAUCGAGGACAUGGUGAUCCAGAUGGCCCAGCGCGGUCAGCUGACGGCCAAGAUCGACGAGGACAAGCUCAUCGACCUGCUGAACCAAGUGGGCGUCUCGGAGGAGAAGCAGCGCACCAAAGUCACGAUGAAGCGGCGAACGUACUUCAGUGAUGAGGACGACGACGAUGACGACGACGACUUUUAA